AUGGCUAGACUCGAGGGAAAAGUCGCGAUCAUUACUGGAGCGGGGUCUGGGUUCGGAGAAGCCAUCGCACAUGGAUUUGUCGCUCAAGGCGCCCAUGUGAUAGUCGCAGAUAUCGCCGUUGAGGGAGGCAAGAGAGUCGUUCGAGAUAUUAUGGAUAAAAAACAUCCUGGCGGCGGAUCUGCUGCUUUUUUGGAGUUCAAUGUGACAAGCCGAAGUGCGUGGGAAAGUGGUCUGGCAUUUGCGAAAGAGAACUACGGGAAGCUCGAUAUCGUUGUCAACAACGCUGGCACAACAUACAGGAAGCAGCCCAGUGUGGACGUUUCGGAAGCGGACUUUGAUAAGAUCAUUGCCGUGAACGUUAAGGCAAUCUACCUAAGCGUGUCUGUAAUAAUGCCCUAUUUUCUCGAGAGGAAGUAUGGGGUUUACCUGAACACUUCUUCCGUGGCUGGAACUAGGGUGCGGCCCGGCCAAGUCUUCUACGGAGGCACCAAAGGAUUCUUAAACACGAUUACACAAGGCCUAGCGGCCGAGUACGGCCCGUGCGGCGUCCGCGUAAACUCUCUAUGUCCUCUAAGAGGCGCAACAGGACUCCUCGAGAUGUUCAGUGGCGUCGCCGAUACCCCUGAGGAAAGGGAGCGUUUUGCGUUAUCUGUGCCACUGAGGCGUAUGACAGAGCCCAAUGAUAUUGCGCAGGCGGCGAUAUAUCUGGCCAGCGAUGAGGCUACAUUCAUCACGGGUGUAAAUUUGCCGGUGGAUGAAGGACGCCUUGCAGUCUAG